AUGGAGUUUCCUAAAACUAAGCGGAAAUGGGAGUGCCGUGAGUGUGGGGACACCUUCACCGUGAAGUCCAACCUCACUCGUCACAUGCUCCGUCACAGUGAGAAGAAGGAGGUUUGCGACAAGUGCGGGAAGAUGUUCACGCUGAGACAGAACCUGCUGAAGCACCUUCGUCAGCAUCUGUAUCCCACGAUUCGAGAGUAUCGUCCGGGUGAAGCUCUUGUCGCCCCGACGCCAGAGGCUGAUCGGCUCAAGACAGCCUUCAAGAAAGCAGGAGGGGACUUGAAAGUUCCAAUUUCGACCGUUUGGCUCGACCCCGAGAGCGCCGAGAGAGCUGCAAGGUUAGCCGCAGCUAAGUUGGGGGCGGAGGACAUGUGGAGGUCCCAACUCGUCCUCACAUGGGGGCAGUACAAGGGGAGGAGCUAUCACUGGCUCAUCGAGAACGAUGUGGGGUGGAUUGUGUGGCUGCUCGGCGAAUUCAAGGAGAAGGGGGACUCACACCGACUCUCCGCCUGGCUCAAACAGCGACUUCUUGAGCUGAUGUGCGAGUACCCUGUCCUCAAAGACAAGGUGGACCGAAAAUUUCGGAAGCUGUCCACAAAGAAGAUGUCACAGCCGGCCAAGCCUACCGCCAAGCCUGCCACGGUCACCAAGCCUGCCACGGUCACCAAGUCUGCCACUGUCCCCACGCCUGCCACAGUCACCACGCCUGCCACUGUCACCACGCCUGCCACUGUCACCAAGCCUGCCACCGUCACCAAGCCUGCCACCGUCUCCAAGCCUCCUGACGAAGAAGCUUUCAACGCUGACGUAGAAAUGCUAUCCUUAGCUGAAACGAUGUUGGAUGUCCCUGAUGUCCAGGUCGACACCUCGUUGAUGACCCUGGGGAAGCUGCUCUCGCAGGUCCCAUCAACAUCUACCACACCCGACCCAGCUCCCAUUGCCCCUGAAUCGGCCGACAUCAUCGAAGGAUGGCAGAAAUCCUGGGACGAGAUGUACCCCCCAAAUCGUCAGUGGCUCAAGUCCGACGGGCCGCACGGGAUUUUUGAGCAACCUCAUCGCUUCGUGUCAGCGAAACGAGCAGGCAAGAGGUCCAUCCUCAAGGACGAGUUGGAGUUUCAUCCUCCCCCUCUCCCAACCACACUGAAGGGCACCCUCCCCAACAUGCUCGCGUUCUUUGCGACGCCAGUGUUCUUCUGGAGACCAGUAGGUGUGUUAGGGGUGAAGAUCAGGUGCCCCAAUACGUCUUGUCCCGCUUCGCCAGACAGCUACAUCACCCGAGCUGGAUAUGCCCCGGUUGCCAGACAGGUGUGUGGCAUCCGCUAUAACUACACGCUGUUGACGGAGCGUCUCAAGUGCCACUACUGCCAGGGAAAGGGCGACAAGACGCAGGCGAGAUGGCAUGCCACCAGCCCCGGCAUCAUGAUGCAACUGGCCCCUGCGGUGAGGAUGAUGUGUCCGGCUGUCCUAGUCGGAAAGCGAGCCGUCGACCGGAGCAUCGUAUCCCUUCUCUCCGAUCGUAUCAAAGCCAUCUCCAUGUCGAAGGUGCAUCGGAUGGUGGAGGAGGGGCAUGACGAGUGGUAUGCCAACCGGAGAGACCUCUACCAGACCCUCUUGAUGGAGGCACGCACCGCAGCAUCUACACCCUCAUCUCAACGUGGCAUCCUGCCCUUCUCUACCCACAAGUACACGCCCCCCUUGCCCCCAUCUCCCAUCCCAUCUGCGAGGACGUUUCGGAGGGCCCAUCUGCUGGUCGAGAUGGAGAAGGUCCCUGCCUACAGAGAUGCCAUCCUCAGCACCACGGGGGAGAUCCUCUGCAUUGAUGGAACCAGACAGAUACUGAAGAAAAUCAAAGGGGAUGGCCAGGGCAACUACCAGUACUUCACAAGCAUGUUAAAUGAGUGGGGCCAGUUUGUGACCACAAUUGUUGUAGCAUCGGAGACUGAGGAUGCCUACGCACGGAUGGCCAGGGGUGUGAUUGCCCGGUUCAAACGAGCCAAGGCAGCUCCUGUCCAAGUCCUGUAUGCCGACAACAACUGCUGCAGGGAUGGUGGCCAGUCUUGGUAUGAGACCCUGUUCGAGCCCUGGGUCCACGACGGGAUGGUGGUCCGCCUUGACAUCCGGCACUGGGUCCACCGGUGGGACGCCGUCGUCAUCAAACAGACGCACGCUAAGUACGCCCUGUUUAUCAGCGCCCUGGUGGGAGCCAUCCUGGCCUACAACAAGGCGGACAUGAUGCUCUUGGUGUCUGCUGUCAGGAAGGGCGAUGUCAACAAAUUCUCCAGCUACACAGACACCGAGAUGCUGUCCUUCGUCACGCCACACCAGGCAGCAUCUUACGUGCGCAGACUGACCCGGGGUGUCCAGGAGAGUGCCGCAGCAGUCCAGCACAUCAUGAGUGAAUUCAAGGGACCAGCCGGCUUGGAUGCAGAUGGCAUUCCACUAUUCAAGUCGACUGAGGCUGUGGACGCACACUGGGCAAUCGCCAGCAAACAUCUCGGCUGUAUGCAGGAUCCGCCAGGAGUACAGCUCUACGUCGCUGUGAAGAAGGUGGUAAUCAAUGGCGUAGAGUUGACCAAAUUCAAGUGUCGUCGGGGCAGCAACGUCCUGGAAGGGCUCCACUCCCACCUCGUCCACGCCAUUCCCUCCCAUCGCUGUGCCAUCAUCCCCUUUCAGGUGUACCUUCUCUCCUUUGCUGUGGAGUGGAACGGCAGGAUGGAAAAGCUCAAGUUGGCUAGUAGGAGGGGCAAGUCCACCACGACCAUUGAUCCACGCCAGAUUCAGCGGAUGAAUCAUGAUGCUGAGGUCCUCUUUGGCAAGGAGCACCUGUAUGAGCCAAACGCCAUCUCCCCACUACAGCCUCCCGCCAAAGGAGAAGAGGAGGAGUUACUCGGCGUGGAAUACGCGUAUGCCCAAUCAACAGUUUCUUCCUUCUCAUCGAAGGAUUAUUACAUCCAAGGAGCUGAGGUUGAACAACAGGCCGAGGAGGAGACCACCAACGUCGAUGGAGACGAAGAGAAGGAUGACGAUGAGGGCAUCAAGCAGGACAGGGAGGAGGUCAUCGACCAGGACCCACUGGACGCCCUCAGCGUAGGCCACGCUGUCCUGACAGAGGAAGAGCAGGUGCAGGUCGAAGUCAGCCCUGUCAUGCAGGAUGUCUUGGGGCAUCGUAAACUCCACCUGCCCGGCUUCCAGGAGGGCGAGGCCCUCGCCGUACUUCUCGUGAAGCUCGCAGAAGGUGAACGCCACCUCAUCCCGGUGGAGCUGAGAUCAGAGAUAGGGAUGGCCUCUACCCGACUUCAUGACCAUGACCGCUCCGCCAGAAAUUUCGUUAAGAAAUAUGAGAGUAAGUGGGGCUACACGCUGUUUGGCCGGUGCCUCGGACCCGACUCCCCCCAGAGCAGUGCCGCCCAGAAGACGAAGUUCGGUUGGCAGAAGUUCGCGCAGGCGGCCCCCAUCACGGAAGAAUCGCGUCUUCUGUACCUGGUUAUCCAGCUUCUAAAGAACCAUCCCACUGUCGCAGUGCAGUCCCCUUCCAAGACGGCGACCAACAUCCGUUGGAAGUACAAGCGUAUCUGCGACAGGCUGUACGACGACGCGAUUCUUUCAAAGUUGAAUCUGCCACUCCCGAACAUCAACAACAAGAGCAUUACGAACUUCAUCCACAAACAGGAAGUUUGGGCGAAUCUUCUGGCCACGGCACAGCCAAACGUGACCGUGCAUCGUAAGGUACUGUCGGAGGAGCGGGUACCUGAAGCGGCUGCACUUGCCGAGGCUCUGCCUCAGCCCGAGUGCAGUCUCCGACGGUAUGAUGUCAUCCCUCAUGAGAGCGGGAAGAGGAGGGGGGAAAAGAGGCGACUUCGUUUGGACGAGCCAGGGACUUCGUCGCACGAGCCUCAGGAAUCUGUGCACUCGUCGCAGGACCUGAAAUCCCCUUUGCCCCGACUUCUUCUUCCGCGACCAAGCUCACCGAUGAAGGCGUCACGAGCUCCCAUUUUAUUGGUGGUUCCCUCUCAACCAAAGGCACCUUCGAUAGCUCUAAAACCACCUACGAGCAGCGUGCCUUUCGUUUUCCGUCCGGCGCCACCCCCUUCUUCUGCUAGGCAAGCCAGAUUCCUGCCGGAUCCUUCGGUGAGGCCUUGCGCUGCCUGCAAUGUUCCGAAAUGCGGUGGGCUUCGCAAGCGCUACACACCUUCUAAGGCGAAGACUCAAGGAAGCAGUCAGAAGAUAUUCACAUUUUGCCCCACCACGAACAAAUCUACGACCCCAGGAUUUACAGAAACAAUCUUUACCCAUACCUUUAGGAGCCCUAUUUUGCAAAGGUAG